AAAUCUUUGAAAAAUGAAUACAAAGACUGGAGUUGGAGGAGAAGGACAUAGAGAUGACCUAGAUGUUAGUGAGAAUUUUAUAAAUGAUCAACAGUUUUCCAAUGUCGAUGAAAACCCUACCCAAAAUAAUGAGGGAAAGAAUGAUGCAACAACGCAUUCAGCUAGGUAUAUAAAGCCAUUCCACUUUAAGAGUCAUAUUGAAGUUCAAUCUCCUCUUAUGAAAGACCAAUAUUCUCUGGAUAGAAAAGAAAAGCACUCAUUCAAGUAUACCAAAAAUGAGUACUUCAAAGAAUCGAGCUCAGAAAGUCUUGAUUCUAAAGAAAUCCUCAAUGAUACCAACGAGCAUAAUGGCUCUAACCGUAAAAUCAGAAUCUCAGAUCAAGCAUCAUUAAAGUUCUCUGAAGGCCACCAAGAUCUUGGAGGAGCAAGGCGCUUCGAGCUCGUGAAUACAAAAGUUGAUGAUGAAUAUACUAACAGUCAAGAAAUGCAAAAACCAGAAAAUACUCCUGAAGUAUCAAAAUCAAUGUCAGAUCAAAGAAUCCCCAACAAAAAGGAACUCACCAAGAAUAUUACCAAGAAGCCUAUAAAAUCUAAUUACCAUACAUAUCGUCACAAGAACAAGAAAAGUAAAGAGUUCAUAGCCGCUUCAGCCACAAGUAAAAGUUCCAAGAAAAAGAGUCUUGUGAAGAAAAAGCUGAUUCCAAACCUGAAUAACUCACAAAAUGUUACGAAAAAACUCAAGAAAUACGACAGUCACAAACAACUUCAUACUGGUCUAACAAAGGAGUCCAAGUCUAAGGACUGAAAGUCCAGGAAAUAAACUUUCGAAAAUUAAAUCAGUCGGAGGCCUUUCCCUUAAGAAGCAGAGUGUAAUCACAAGAAGGAACAUCACUACGCUCAUUAAACCUCAGAGAAAUCCAGAGAAGAGAAACUUCAACAAAUUUCAGGAUCUUUCAUUUAAAAGGAAAAGAAGAAGUCCAAAGAUUCUUCAACCCUUUGAAGAAGAAAAGUCUCAGUGUCUCACUAAGUCUAUAGAGGAUUCCUUAUCUGGAGCUUCUGUACACAAGAGACUCAACGACCUAGGCAAAAAGUGUCGGAAUAGCAUUAACUCAACAUUAGAGCCAAGAUACAGUUACCAACAAAAGCCUAAAGAAGUCAAAUCUUUGGCAAAGACCCGCAAUAAGCAUACCAAAAACUCAGAAAUGGCGCAAACUUUAAGUUUCAGAGAUCUUUUUAAAAAGUGUGAUAGAUCUUGGAUGAACACUGGAUCUAAUAGAAAAGACAAGACUUUUAAUGGCUACCUUUAUACAGGCGAAGCUGAGAGGAAAUCGAGGCAAGAGAACCAAGAGAGCGAGCUUUCAAUGUAUAAGAAUCAUUCAGUGAGAUCCUUCCUGAAGAAUGUAAAUUCUUCCUUCAGCCACAAGAACUAUGCCUUGCAAACUUCUAGAAGUAAGCAGAUGCUCUCUGGAGAGAAACCUGAAAGAGUGUCCACAGGAAAAUUAGAACAUGGUGCCUUCUCGAAGUUCAAUAAGUGUCCAUCUGCUGCUGAUAUCAGUCAUGGUAUCCACACAAGGAAUCAACAAUUUAUCAGCUAUAAUAAAAGAUCCAAAAUUUCUCUGAACCAGAAGUUGGAAAAUUCUGCUGUAUUUUCGUACUCCAAAGGGUCUGUGAAGCCUAAGGAUGAAAUCAGCUUUAAAGUAGAAAAGGAUAAGGAAUGCAAAUCCAAAAUUGAUACAGGCCUUAUAAAGCGUCGAACAAAAGCAAAGAUUAACUACAAUGAUAAGUUCAAAGACCUAUAUGAAAAGGCAAGGCUUAGGAAACGUAACCAGAAGAAGGAAGUGGAGGUAAAAUCCAGCCAAAAAGAUAGUCAAGAGAUAUUCAUCCCUCAGAUCUCAGAGCAGGAAGAGAGUGAGGAGGAUAACAGUAGGGAGAACUCUAAGCGUGAGAGCAUACCUGAAGUUACUAAGACAGAUGCCAUCUUUGAUAAAGCAGACCUCCAAUAUGUUAAUCAAAGAAUCCAAGACAUAGAGAAUCAGAGAAGAGAGGAGAGUAGUUUUGAUGAAAAAGAUAGUUUAAGUUCAGCCCCAAUCACCAUUGAGAAUGGACCUAAUGUGAGAAAUAAACUUAUUGAGACUCCUAAGACAGAAGAACUUGAGGAAGAAAUGAGGGAUCAGGUCCUUGAUUACCAAAGUUUAGUCUAUAAUAACUUUAAUACAAACAGAGAAGGGUAUUACAAUGAUCAGUUCCCAGAAGAUAAGGAAACAGAGUAUAUAGAUCACAGCCCUGAACUAGAUGACAGUCCAUUGCUCUUUGUUGAUGUCAACCUUGGACCUGAUAAAGCUGAGAGAAUAGUUGUUUUCGAGGGAGAUACAGCAGACGAUUUAGCAUUUCGAUUUUCUCAAAGACAUGACCUCAAUGAUAUAAUGAGAGCUAAAUUGACCAAUCUCUUAAAGGCAGAAAUAUCAAGCUUAAGUAAUGAACUCUAGUUUCAAUUUUAUUAACUAAAAAU